CAGAGCAAGCGGGGCCGGACUGCGAUGGCGGCGGCGGCGGCGUGGAGAGCCCGAAUCGGGGCGCCCCUGGUGCUGCUUCCGCGGCGCUGGUACCGCUCCGAGAGGGGGGUUUACGGUUACAAGCCGAGCCGCAAGGUGGAGAGCGGAGCUGCCGACGGCGCGGAGCCGCGCGAUUCCCGCAGGAGAGCAGGUCGGGACCAUGGACUGGCUCGCUUAGUGACAGCAUACUAUGAACAUGGCCACAAAGCUGCCAAAAUCAACCCUUUAUUUACUGGCCAGGCUGUGAUGGAUAUGGUACCUGAAAUCCAAGUUUUGACUGAAGUUAUUCAAGGACCUUUCAAUACAGCAGGACUUUUGAACAUCAGAAAGGAGGAGGCAUCCCUAGAGGAUAUAUUGUCUUACCUGGGCCACAUAUACUGUGAACAUAUGUCUAUAGAGACGAGUCAGCUGUCAAGCUUGCAAGAAAGAGAAUGGAUUGCUAAACGGUUUGAGGAGCUGAAACAAGAAGCAUUCACUACUGAAGAGAAAAAGUAUUUGUCCAAGCUCAUGCUAGAAUCUCAGGAAUUUGAUCAUUUUUUGGCUACAAAGUUUGCCACAGUGAAAAGAUACGGUGGUGAAGGAGCAGAGAGCAUGAUGGGUUUCUUUCACGAAUUGCUAAAGAUGUGCUCAUACAGUGGAGUGACGGACAUCGUACUUGGAAUGCCUCAUCGAGGCAGACUUAAUCUCCUCACCGGCCUUCUUCAGUUUCCUCCUGAGCUGAUGUUUCGUAAAAUGCGAGGCUUGAGUGAAUUUCCAGACGACUCACCGGCGAUUGGAGAUGUCCUCUCUCACCUGACUGCUUCGGUGGAUCUUGAUUUCGGGUCUCACCGACCUAUUCAUGUCAUCCUGUUGCCAAACCCUUCCCAUCUAGAAGCCAUUAACCCUGUAGCGGUUGGCAAAGCUAGGGGGAGGCAGCAGUCUCUGCUCGAUGGGGACUACUCUCUAGACAGCUCUGCACAGCCUGGAGACAAAGUCAUCUGCCUGCAGGUUCACGGUGAUGCAUCUUUCUCUGGCCAAGGCAUUGUUCCUGAAACUUUUACACUUUCUGGUCUGCCACAUUUUAGAAUAGGAGGAAGCAUUCAUCUCAUUGUUAACAACCAGUUGGGCUACACCACUCCAGCCGAGCGAGGGAGGUCAUCUCUGUAUUGCAGUGAUAUUGGCAAGAUCGUUGGUUGUGCAGUUAUCCAUGUAAAUGGAGAUGACCCUGAAGAAGUAAUCCGAGCCACUAGAUUAGCUGUUGAAUACCAGCGCCAUUUUCGUAAGGACGUGAUUGUCGAUUUGCUGUGCUACCGGCAGUGGGGUCACAAUGAACUGGAUGAGCCAUUCUUCACUAACCCCACCAUGUACAAAAUUAUCAGGUCACGUAAGAGUAUUCCAGACACUUACGCAGAGCGUCUGGUAGCCCAGGGACUAAUGACAGAGGAAGAAGUGUCUGAAAUAAGGACUUCCUAUUACUCUAAAUUGAAUGACCAUCUUGCCAACAUGACUUUGUACAGCCCUCCAUCCACCAAUCUUCAGGCUCAUUGGAGUAACAUGGUGGAGCCCUCGCCAAGGAUCACCACAUGGGAUACCGGCAUACCAAUUCCUCUCCUUCAGUUUGUUGGGGUCAAGUCUGUGGAGGUGCCAGCAGAAAUGCAGCUGCACAGCCAUAUUCUGAAGACACACUCCCAGUCAAGAAUGCUGAAGAUAGAAGAAGGAGAAAAGUUGGACUGGGCCACGGCUGAAACAUUAGCUUUCGGUUCUCUGCUCUGUCAAGGUUUCAAUAUUCGCCUGAGUGGACAGGAUGUUGGCCGAGGGACAUUCAGCCAGAGACACACCAUGCUGGUUUGCCAAGAGACGGGUGAAACCUACAUUCCUUUGAAUCACAUGUCGCCAGAUCAGAAAGGUUUCCUUGAGGUGAGCAACAGCCCCCUCUCCGAAGAAGCGGUGCUUGGCUUUGAGUAUGGAAUGAGCAUUGAGAGCCCCAAAUUGUUGCCUAUUUGGGAGGCUCAGUUUGGUGACUUCUUUAAUGGAGCUCAGAUAAUAUUUGAUACAUUUAUCUCUGGAGGGGAAGCAAAGUGGCUUCUACAGAGUGGAAUAGUAGUUCUUCUUCCACAUGGCUAUGACGGUGCUGGACCGGAGCAUUCUUCUUGCCGAAUUGAACGUUUCUUGCAGAUGUGUAAUAGCUCAGAGCAGGGUGUGGAUGGUGACCAUGUCAACAUGUGUGUUGUGCACCCAACAACCCCAGCACAGUAUUUCCACUUACUCCGGAGGCAGAUGGUUCGAAACUUCCGGAAACCUCUGAUUGUUGCUUCUCCAAAAACUCUGCUCAGGUUGCCUGCUGCUGCAUCCAGCUUAGUAGAAAUGGCCCCAGGAACAACGUUCAGACCAGUUAUUGGUGAUUCGACGGUGGAUCCUAAAAAUGUGAGCAGAGUAAUUUUCUGUUCUGGAAAACAUUACUAUUCUCUGUCAAAACACCGGGAGAUGCUUGAAGAAAAGAAGCAAAAUACAGCAAUUAUCAGAUUAGAAGAACUGUGUCCCUUUCCAAUAGAAGCUCUUCAGCAGGAGAUGAAAAAAUUUAGUAAUGCAAAAGAAUUUAUAUGGAGUCAAGAGGAGCCACAGAAUAUGGGGCCCUGGGCAUUUGUGUCACCAAGAUUUGAAAAGCAACUGGCCUGUAAGCUCCAUCUUGUAAGUAGACCUGCGUUACCAGCACCUGCAGUGGGCAUUGGAAUGUUACACCGAAAACAGCAGGAAGACCUUCUCACCAAAACAUUUGCUUGAGACCUAUGAUCUGUGUUAAUUCUUGAAGGUUAAAAGAAGGUCUUAGUGAAUGAGAACAUUACAAACCUGAAUGUGGUCAUGAGGCUUGUUGCUUACGAUUGUAUAUUGGGUACAAGCCAGCUAAAAUUCAUUUCAGUGUAUACUUAAGCAUGUAUUUAAAUCUGCACCCUUGAAUGGAGCAUAAGUGCAUUUAUCUGCAUUUGGAUCUUGCCUAUUGCAAUUUAAUCAUGUUUAGGUAAGAAAUCUUUAAAAAAUAAAAUUAUUUUUAAAUUAAGCAUCUUUAUGCAGCUCCUAAAAUCUGAGACUCUUAUUGUACCUGUAAUGACUUCCCACUUUUGUGCAUUAUUUGUUGAUGGCAAAAGUGGCAAGAUUUUGUAUUUUUCAUGAGCAAAACCCUUCUAAAUUCAAGCACAACUCAGACAUGUCAUGCACAGAAGGUUGACCACAGCUGAGUGGUCUCUGUCUGGAUGGCUACCCUUGGUUUAAAUCAUAGGUUAUUGUAACUGUAAUUUAAAAAGAAAUUAUUCAAGCUUGCUGGGUGUUUUUUUUUUUAUGAGUGGGCCUUGUAGGCCUAAAUUAUAUAAACAUGUGAUGGAAAAAACUGUUCCUCAGCUGUAUCACUUCAGACAGUAGGUGGGGAAAUAACUCAAUUGAGUGGAUGGGAUCCCUGCAGUAUAAAAAACUAGCAUAAUCUUAAUUCAGACAUCCAGGGCCUUUUUUCAACUGGAACUUGCCAGAACUCAAUUCUGUCACCUCUCAGGUGGGUGCCUUUGCCAUAAGAAGAGAACAAGAGGGGCAUGGUGAGUUCCAUCCCUUUUUUCCUAGAAAAAUAGUGCUGGUGACAUCUAUGGUUCUGCGUGCUGUGAACUUGUUUUAUUGGGAGUAUUUAUUCAGUCAUGCAAUCCCCUACCUAGCUAAAUUCAAAAGUGAUACAACCCAGGGAUGGUUUUACCAGUGCAUCUGCGUGAAGCAGGCCUUGGAUAUUCAGAGUCUUUCUCAAUGGAAAAUUGCAGCUUUUCCCUUUAAAUGUGUUGUUUGUGUAAAGCAGAUUCUUUUCUCAUGCCUAGAAAAGAUGGAAAUAAACCUUUGGAGGGAGAA